CCCUGACUAAUUUAUCGGGUAUAUGAUUAAUGCUCGCCAUCUUGUAUAAUUUUAAUUUCCGUAAAGUUUUCAACAAAAGAAAAGAAAAUGGAUGUUCUGAGCAUUAGCGACUCACCAAUGAAGCAUGAUUUUAGUCCUUAUUCGUCUCAAGGAGGCUCACUACUUGCGAUAGCAGGUGAAGAUUUUGCAGUUAUUGCCUCUGACACCCGUUUGUCUGAGGGAUUUUUAAUUCAUUCUCGUAAUAUUCCGAAAACCUAUCAGCUAACCGAUACAACAAUACUUGGUUCUUGUGGUUUUCAUGGCGAUGUCCUCACAUUGACUAAAAAUAUCAAGACAAGACUUGUUAUGUAUGAACACGAGCAUUUUAAAACAAUGAGUUGUUCAUCUAUUGCACAAAUGCUCUCCACCACACUUUAUUACAAAAGGUUUUUUCCUUAUUAUACAUAUAACAUCAUUGCAGGUUUAGACAGUGAUGGUAAAGGGGCUAUCUAUAGUUUUGAUCCAGUAGGGUCAUAUGAGAGAGAGACAUAUCGUGCGGGUGGAUCAUGCUCAGCAAUGCUUCAGUCUUUCCUUGAUAAUCAAAUUGGACAGAAAAAUCUAGCAAAGAAGUCAGAUAUUCCAUUAUCUUUAGAGAGAUGUGUUGAGCUUAUUAAAGAUGUAUUUAUCUCUGCAGCUGAAAGAGAUAUAGAAACAGGAGAUGGUGUUUUAAUUAGCAUUAUUACUAAAGAAGGAACAAAGAGUGAAGUUUUUCCACUGAGGAGAGAUUAAAGGAAUUUAUACUUUAAAAUCGAUUAAAUCAACUUUGGGUAAAGAAUAAUAUUGUUGUAUAAAAAAUUUUUUUACUUACAAAAUAAAAGAGAAAUUUAUUUGUAUGUA